AUGUCCGCCCGACGUGCAUCCACUGGCAGCGAUGCUAGCACUGACUCCUCCACAUCUGUCGAUCGGGCUGGGACUCCAUCAUCCUUGUCGACGAGCUCGUCUCAGGAGCUAGUCAUCAUUCCUACCGAUGCUGCCAAUUCUCACCCACUGGACACUUCAUCACUGCACUCCGUGUCUAGCGACGAGAGUAGUCAAACCUCACCCUUCGCUCGUGUAGAGCAUCCUACUCGCAAUGCAUCCACCGCUGAUCAUCCGGUCACAGAUGCUUUGCUUUCGCCAACUAUGACGUCCUCCUCGCGAACUCCAUCCUCAGGAUUUAUGGAUGACGAUACUGGCCUGAGCGAUGUCUCAAGCCUAGACAAUGACGACUUUGAGCUGGUCGAACGCAGCGACAGGCCAAGCCAUGGCGCCAAUCUCGUCGACUCGUAUAUGGGCUCGUCCAGCGUCUCGCACCCAUGGGCCUCAAAUGAGGAUCUGACGAUUCAGACGACACCCUUGCCAAUCCUUUCGACAUCCGCUUCAGCCGCUUGGUCGGAAGUGGAUGCGCUGGAGACUAGGCUCGAGCACACGCACGAGCUGUUCCGUGAACGCAAGGAUCCAGAUGCGAGUCAAGAUAUUGGGACGCCUGUUGGAACCUCGUCGACCUUCCCAGACUCCGCGCACCCAGCUACAAGGUCAGAUUUCCUGCGCUCAUCGAGCAAUGCGACUUUGCUCGUCAAUGCCCUCGAGCGAGCGGCCAAAUCGACACAUCCUUUCGAAGCAGCAAGCCUGAACACAUCCACUUUGCUCCCUUCAGAAGACACAUCUCGCCUAAUGGAUGGCCGCCACUUUCAAUUCCCUGAUCCGACGCUUCUGCAUCAGCUCGGUCAAAAGUCACCAGCUGUUGUCGCAGGCGCAGGAAUUGACAACGACAGCGAUGAAACAUCCGAACGCUUGGCAGAAGCAGCGGGCUCUCAAUGGCGUUCGUCUUCCGAAAACUCUUCCCCAGGGGUCUUAGCUGCACGUCUCAAGAUGGCGCGCUCCCUGAUUGGGGCCGUCACACACUCUGCCUCGUCCAUUAAUGUCUUUUACCUCGGACGUGAUCCCGGAGCCACGUACAGCCAAUUGGUCUCUAACACCAUCAAGACGAGUGCCAUGACUGCCGUCGCAGCUGCUGACGAGAAAGACUUCACGUCGAUGCGUCAAACAUCUUCUUCACCUCUGACUUUCCACACAGUACCGUCAGACGAAGGUGGACAAGGCAAUGUCAUGGUGCGCUGCAGUUCGGUCGACUUCGUCAGUGGCAGAACAUUGCAGGUGAGUUUUGAGUCUGUUGAGAGUGUACGGCCGCCUUUAAAAGCUGACUUGACUGCAUCUCGUGUCGCAGGUCAAAGAAUUCUUCUGCCUCAGGUCUUUGUCAUUCGAACCGGGCGAAGAGGCUCAGAUGCAUUCUUGGCUGCAGGUUGAUGGCGCUAUGCACCUUCUCGACGGUAGCGGACUCGUGGUCUGCUUCCUGGAGAAUGGCGAAUCUCAGCAGUCACUUGCGAUCGAUCUGGCAGCAUUGCUCCACAAGCACUACUCUCGCGCGAGAUUAGGCAAAGAUUCGCAAGCUGCAACUCGAAGUCAUCCGCAGCCUCACUUGCUGCCCAUCGUCGCACCUAAACUUGCAUCCAAUCUAGACGACGCCGACACACCCUCCGCUUCUUUGCUUGUGAGCCCUCAACGAGAUGAGAAUAUCUCAAGCGCAAGAGCUUUCACGGAAAACAACAUCGCCCAGAACCUUGGGCGCUUCCUGCAGCUGCGCCGCAUCAGCGAGGAGUGGUCAAGCGCGCUGGAUCGAACGCGCCAGCUCUUGGCCGAACGCUCUGGGGCAGACGUCACUCGAGGAUCUGGAUUGUUCGUGGUAAUUUGCUCCCAGAGCGUGCUGGAUUCUGACGACGGUUGGGCUGGACGUGCGGUGCAUCAGGUGGCGGACACAACGAAGCGGACAAGGGAGACCGAGCGUCGUUCUUGGCUCACAAAGUCCUCGGCCUGGCUCACAGUCAGCCCUGCACUUUUGGCCACGACCUCAAGGACUUCUCGACCUACCUCAACAGAGCAGCGAGCUAUCGCCAAUGGAAAGGCCUGGCAACGCAUCGUCGCUGA